AUGAAAGAUCUUCUAUCACGAAAGCGUAAGCUACAAGAAUGUGAGACGGUGACGCUGACAGAGGAAUGCAGUGCCAUUAUCCAGAAAAAGUUGCCUCCAAAGCUUAAAGAUCCAGGAAGAUUCAGCAUUCCAUGCAACAUAGGCAAUAUGGAAGUGAAAAAUGUUCUAUGUGAUCUCGGUGCCAGCAUCAACGUGAUGCCACUAUUUAUGAUGAAGAAACUGGGGAUCACUGAAGUAAGGCCAACCAAGACAAUAGUUCAACUGGCUGACUGCUCUACAAAGCAAGCUUAUGGCAUUAUUGAGGACAUACUGGUAAAGGUUGACAAAUUCAUCAUUCCUGUUGAUUUUGUCAUCCUUGAUAUAGAGGAAAAUUUUACUAUUCCUAUGAUCUUCGGAAGACCUUUCUUGGCAACCUCAGGAGCGCUGAUUGAUGUACCGAAAGACACUACACAGGAUGCUGAUAGAAAUGAUAUUGCACCCACUACUGAAAUUGAUGAGGAUUGA